AAUCUGGCGCCAAUUUCCGAAGUGUCAUUAAGAAGAGGACGAAAACUUUGGUUAGUUUUCACAUUAACAUUGUUCAGUAACUGCGUUGUUCGGAGGGCAUUAGAAAAAAAAAUGUGUUGCAGUUAACAAAUAAUUGAGCAAUGAACUCCAUAGAAAGCAUGAAAGAGUCGGAAAAAGAAGGUCCAGAUAAGGAAAAAAUUGCCUCUCUCGUGAACAGCUUGCCGAUACUGAAUGAUCUUUUCGAUAUACAUUAUAAAGUCGGUGAGGGAACUUUCAGCUCAGUUUUUCUGGCGACUCUCAAAUUACCCGGUGAGAAAAAAAAAUUUGCCAUCAAGUAUCUCACUGCCACAUAUCCACCAAGCAGAUUGGAAAGAGAACUGCAAUGCUUACAGGAAAUUGGGGGUGCAGACAAUGUUGUGGGUGUCGAGUUAUGUUUAAGGAAUGCAGGAUCUGUUGCCAUUGUCAUGCCCUACAUGAGGCAUGAUAAGUUUUCUGAGUACGUUAAAGACAUGAGUGUCAUUGAGCUCAAACGUUACAUGCGAGGCUUGAUGAUAGCUGUUAGAAAAGUUCACAAAUUCAACAUUAUUCAUAGAGAUGUGAAGCCGAGUAAUUUUUUAUAUGAUCGAAUACGGGGUAAAUAUCUGUUGGUUGAUUUUGGAUUAGCCCAGGAAUACAAGCCUCACGUGGAGCAAUCGGAUGAUGCAAAAUCUCAGCUUCCUGAUACUCAGUCAACUAAAAGAAAACGAGGUGACGAGAACAGUGUCAAAUCUUCUCUGUCCGAAUCGAAAAAAUUAGUGGAAGAGAAAUGCUACUGUUUUGGUAAACCACGAAUUUGUUCAUUGUGUCUAUUACGACCUGGACAAACAGCACCGAGAGCUGGAACUCCAGGCUACAGGGCACCCGAGAUUUUACUCAAGUAUCCUUACCAAACACCAGCAAUCGACAUUUGGGCAUGCGGAAUAAUAAUGCUGUGCAUUUUAAGCGGUACUCAACCAUUUUUUUACUGCCCUGACGACUGUACAGCGUUGGCCGAAAUAACGACGAUUUUUGGUUCCACGAGAAUGACGCAAUGCGCUCGAAAAUUAGGAAAGAAGCUUAUAUUUAGUGAAACUUUACCGAGCAUUGAUUUGCCGAGCCUUUGUCAAAAAUUGCAAGUGAGAAACAGAGGUUCCAAUACCCUGAGUGAGCUCGAAAAGGAACAAUUGAAGCACAAAUAUCCACCAGAAGCGUAUUGUUUGUUGAUAAGAUUGCUGGAUAUUGACCACAAGACUCGAAUAACGGCGGAUCAAGCUCUGAAUCACCCUUUCCUUAAGCUGUGACGAAAUGUUGGAGUAUCUUACAUUGUCAUUGUAAUCUCUCUCGUGGAGAGAAAAAAACCAGUCAAUUGAUAACAAAUAAAUAAUAUAUUUUGUAUAGGUUGAUCUAUAGUACGAAGUACAAUAUUCUCUAUGUACAAUACUGUAAUAAAAAUAAUAGAGAGGACCAAAAA